AUGUCUCAAGCUCAGCAACCAGCAAAGCCUGCACCCUCGGCUGCAGUGCAGCAGAGUGACAACAUUGCUCACGCGCUCGCAGGUGCUGGAGGUGGUAUUCUCUCCAUGGUCUUGACAUACCCUCUCAUCACCCUGUCCACGAGAGCACAAGUCGAAUCUAAGCGCGCACACUCGACAACUCUUGACGCUGUCCGACGCAUUAUCGAACGUGAGGGAAUUUCCGGUCUGUACUCUGGGCUGGAAUCCGCCCUGUUCGGAAUCAGUGUCACAAACUUUGUAUACUACUACUGGUAUGAAUGGACCCGCGCAGCCUUCGAGAAGGCUGCCAUCAAGGCCGGUCGCGCCUCCAAGAAGCUCACGACGGUCGAAUCCAUGAUCGCGGGUGCGAUCGCAGGCAGCGCCACCGUGAUGUUGACCAACCCGAUCUGGGUGAUCAACACUCGCAUGACUGCUCGCAAGUCCGAGGCCGAGGAGCAGAGCCUCCCUGGCGGAGCUAAGAAGCCCAAAGCUACGACUUUUAACACCCUGAUGGCUCUCCUGAAGGAUGAGGGUCCCAAGGCUCUGUUCGCCGGUGUGCUGCCGGCUUUGAUCCUGGUGAUCAACCCCAUCCUGCAGUAUACUAUUUUCGAGCAGCUGAAGAACCUGGUCGAGCGUCGGCGUCGGAUGACGCCCAAGGACGCAUUCUACCUGGGUGCUUUGGGCAAGAUUCUUGCCACUAGCAUCACCUACCCUUAUAUCACCGUCAAGAGCCGCAUGCACGUGGCCAGCAAGGAUGGUCCUAAGGAGAGCCUCAACGGCAGCUUGAAGAAAAUCAUUCGCGAGGAAGGAUAUACCGGUCUCUACAAGGGUAUCGGUCCCAAGGUUACCCAGAGUGCGAUCACUGCCGCUUUCCUUUUUGCCUUCAAGGAUGUGCUGUAUGAUGCCAUGAUCUCCGUGCGAAAGGGCCGCUCUAUCCGCAAGUAG